AUGCUCUGGCCGGGUAAACGCAAAAAGAAGAGCGAUGCGACGAACCAAGUGAUGACCGGUUCCAAGCAUCGCCCCAUUUCGGACCACUACUCAUCGGAACCGUCAGUCAGCAGAUCGUCGACAUCCACCGGAUCGCUCCACUUUGAACAAGUGAGUAUUCUGUGGUAAUUGCGACGCGGCGCCCUAAAUUAUUCAUUUCCCAAAAUUGUUUGGCUGGAUGUUUUGCCGUGUUUCCCAAUUAUCCAACCGCCUGACACUCGUUUGUAGCGGAGAAGGAUGUUGUGUAAUAUUGUACUAGUGACAAGCUCAUAAAUCCGACCGCAAAUUCGCUUCGCCUUUCGAAUGGCGUCGUUUUUUCGGCCUGCCAAGUGUAAAAAUAGCCGAAACCACUGAGCGGAAAAGACUGGAGAGUUCAAAAAAAGAGUGGGGGAAUGAAUAAUGACAAAAAGGGCUUAUCCAUCAGUUCUUAUUCUCCAUAGAAUCUCGUUUUCGUUUUCAGAUCCCAGAAUACGGUCCGACCGUCGAGGGUCGUAUCAAAGUUGCCGAGGGAACGGGACGUCUGGUCCUCAGUGACAUGCACCUCUCCGAGUUUCCCGUCCACGCCUGCUCAAAUAUUGAACUCCAGGACAUUGUGUUCAUUGGUAAGUCUGCUUUUCCUCUGCCAGAAAUCAAGGAGUGUCAUGUUUUUGUUGACACGCCGAGGAGUCAGGUGAGAAAAACGAAAAUGACUUGUUUGUUGGCCACCGGAAGAUUGUUUACCUUACUCGGUUGUGUGAGAGAGCUCAACUCGACAAAUUCGAUCAGGAAGCGCUCGCCGUCCAAAUAAUGAGGCUGAACAGCAAUACUAACGGGGGCUCACAGACUCUGACACAUUGAAUAAUGAUCAAGCUACCACCUGGCCAGUGUAUAAUGGAUUGGAAACGUAAUUAUUCAAUUUCAGACCUCGACGACAAUGACCUGACCACCCUUCCCGACGAUUUCUCCUCUUUCGACUGUCUUAUCUCAUUUAUUGCCAGUUCAAAUCGAUUCCGAAAAGUCCCUACGUGUAUAUGUAAUCUUGAUCAGCUGACAUAUGUGGAUUUCAGGUUGGUUUUCUACUUUUUUGACUACAAAACAUGCCUCUUUUUUCAGCCACAACGAGAUCUCUGUUUUGCCAGACGGCCUUUUUGAUCUGCCGCUCACCGCCCUCCUUUGUUCCGGUAAUAAAAUUACGAGUAUUCCGGAAGGGAUCAGACGCCUGGCUCCGACGCUCGCGUAUCUGGACUUUUCGAGCAACCAAUUGCACCGCUUGCAAUCCCAGCUCAAACAUCUGAAAGCUUUGAGAGUGCUGAAGAUCUCCAAAAACAAGAUCGAGGACUUUCCAUCCGGUAUCAGAGAAAAAUUUAGAAAAAUCGACGUUUUCCGUUUUCAGAAAUGUGCUCGUUGGAGCUGAGGACGUUAGAUCUUGCACAGAACAAUAUGUCAUUCUUGCCGCUCGACUUUGUCAAAAUGACCAAUUUGCGCAACCUGCAGCUCGAUUGUAAUCCAAUGCGCAGUCCGCCGAUGGAGAUUGUCAAUCGGGUGAGGAGAAGAAAAUGAAUUGCAUUUGUGGUCUUCGUCAUCAAUUUUUGUCGGCCAACAACCAAUUUGCAGGGAAUCGUGCACAUAUUCAAGUGGAUCGACGGCAGAACAUCUGGCAGCUCGUUCGGCUCGCGCGGCUCGCAGGAUGGCCUCUCGCACGAGCAUCACACGCUGAUGUCGAUUGUGGCCGAAAAGCAUGCACCGCACAACGAUCCGAGGUAAUUAUCCGGAGAAGGGUCCUCAUCCUUCUUCAAAAUCCCAAGAAAUCCCUCGCUGGUGCGUGUGCCGAAGGGUUGGGUUGACAUUUCGAUCAUCUGUUUGAUGAGUAAUGAGCUCAUGCUCCUAAAGUGCUCUGAGCAUUCAUUUUAUGAGAACAGGAGGGAAACAACUCAUAUUCAAGCUAAUCUGUCAAACGGGUUCUUUUCUUUCCGGCUACCAUAACCUGGUGUCCUUUCCUUUUCGGGCUUACUCCCAAUGAACUGUCUUUUCCACUAAUCGCUUGCAGAGCCGCGCGUAACAAUUCCGCCCCUGCCAAACCUUAUCAUCAUGACAUCAAAUCCGAGAACGGACAUCUUAACCAUCGACCGAAAGUAAGUUUUUGGUAUCAACCGCUGGAGGUUGUGUUUAGACAGCUUUUGUCAGCUAAUUAACAAAAGCUUUUAAAAAUCACCUUUUUCUGGUCCUCACGACAUUUCUCUGAAUCUCGACAAUUAACAAAGGUUUAUUUUCAAUCACUUACCACCUGUUUAUCCGUUUUAACUCUCUUUCCGUGUCGUCAUUGCCGGUACCUCUUUUAGAGCGUUUCUCCACCCAAUGGUGCCUGAUUAUUCUCGUCAACUCGACAAUAUUGUGCAUGCCACUACAAAAUAUUCGUAUUUUUCAGUAUUAGACACUAGUUGCCACGUGUGCCAACCGUUUCAAAGCAUCUUCUGAUAACAUGCAAACUUUCAGGAAUUAGUCGAGACCAAAGCAAUCCAUACCGUACAUGCGAAACCACACAAUGUACAGAUUGUUCACAAUAAGAUUUCGUCUGUUCCCUCUCAGUUGCCUCAUGUUCAUGCUGGAAAAGGUAGGGUUUUACGUUAGUUGAUUAAGACUUGUCUGAAAUUCAGUUUUUCCAGAAAAUUCGAGCACGCCCGACGAGCAGAACAACAACAGCAAUCACGGAACGGUCAAGGCCAACAUGACAAACAUAUCGAGUCCCGGAAUGAGUGAGUGAAUACAGAAUACAUCGGAAAAUUCUUUCUUUCAGCGAAGAAACCGAUUUCGAAAGUGGCGCCGAUGGUGAAGCAACCCGUUCGUCCGACCGCUGUUAUCAACGGGAACACCCAAUCGGUACAGUUUUUCUGCUGAAUCACUCCUUCGAACUCUUGGUAUUCCAGAGAAUUAGCACUGUCCGCCGUCCAAACACGAUGCCUACGACCGUGAGCACCAAGAAGGAGAUGUCGAUGAAAGUGGACCCGGUUUCUCGUACCAAGUUCGCGUCGGCAGCGACUCGUCGUUCGGAAGAACCGCCUUCGGUGAAGAAUGUUAGCAAGCCGGUCACUUCGAGCAUCUCCAACUUGAGCAGUGAGUUAUUCUACUUUUCCGUCGUCAUACAAACUAUUUUUCAGAAACAGGACAGCGUUCGCCGACCAUUAACGACGUGGAGAGCGCAAGAAAGCUGAUGAGAGAGAAACUCGGACCGACUUUUGCGCUGAGCAAAGGAGACAUCAGUUUCAGCGUUCAGCUGUCGGAUGGUCUGGAAUUGUGCAAGUUCAUCAACAAAUUGCAGCCAAACGCGAUAUCUAUCGUCUCGCCGGCCGAAGCGGUGAGCAUUGAUUGAAAUUUUGUGCAUUUAUUGAUUUUCCCGUUUCAGUCGGUCGCUUCUACUCGCUCCAAGCUGAACGUCGACAAAUUUCUUCAGUACUGCAAGAAAAUUGGAGUUCCGGAGGUUAUUUUAAUCGUAGUUUGUCUGAAUUUCGUCAUUUUAUUCUUUCAGAACACGUUGUGCUCGCAAAUAGACAUCAUUUCGAAGCGAAACCCUCAGAAAGUGGCUCGGACCGUUUUGAGCGUCGCCAAACUUCAGAACCACCAAUCGUCCACUGUGAACUCCAUCCAAUGCUAA